AUGUUUAUGCUUCGCAAUGUGAGCAAAUUUGUCUUUGGUGACACUACCAAGGAAUCCAUAAUUGAGAUACCCCAAGGCCAGCUGUAUAUUGUCCGACCGCAAUCGCCAAAGGGCUACUCAGAGCUUAUAUUUCGCGACGCUGCGGCUAGUAUCCGUCGCACCGGCCAGAAGUUCCAGUACCAGCUAGUGAUCCAGCGCGCCUACGAGGAAGGAGAGGAAGAACUUGUGGGCGACGAAGACGAGGAAGACGCAGAGGGGCUGGGUGGGGAUAAAGACGAGAAGACUUUUUUGCUAGACGAGGCUCUCCGUUUCCGAUCUGCAGUGCGCGAGGGAGGAGAGAAAGUUCUGGCCUGGCGCGACCUUAGCGGUGACCCGGGCGAUCUCUUCGAAUUCGUUUGCGACAGCUCAAUCACCCCGGACAGAGUUUCGACGUUUUGUCUAGCCGCUGUUGAGUGCCAGUACGAGCGAAAAUACCGGAAGAGCUCACAGAAGACGUCAGAUCUUCAGGAGUUUUACUUCGACGACGAAAGCCCCAUUCCCGACGCCAGUCCAGUCGCAAGCCCUACCUUAUCUCGAACGCCGACGACGAAACAAUCCACCGCAGCUAUGGCGCGAGAAGUAGCUGUGCCAAACGAGACACCAUCUGAACCCACGCAAGCGCCCCCUGCUGCUGCCCAUCCAGAAGCCACUGAGAUCCUGGCGAAAGAAAAUGCAGAGCUUCAUCUUUUUGAUUUUAACAGUGGUACAUUCGUUUUACAGGACCCCUCUGUCGUCGCCACAGUCUCGGAAAUUGGAAAAUGGCAGUAUUGGCUUCAGAUAAGUGGACAGGACCGUGAUUGGUUAGGGCAGGCGGUAGUGGCAGAUAUAAAUCCCGUGUUCAAUUUCGAAUAUCUCUCCUUUAUCUUCAAUCACUACACAGAGGAUGGGUCGGCAUAUUCGUGGCUCCUACGUUUCAAAAAUCAGGCAGUCGAGGAAAGAUUCCAGGAGGGUCUGAUGCAAGCGUUGUGGGAGCAGUUGAAUGAAGUUAAAUGGGCGAAAUCAGAAGAAAAUGAUAGAGAGUAUGUACUUGAGGCUUUCAACGAUCUCACUAUGGAAGACGUACCCGAAGAGACAGAAGAGGAGGACGAGGAAGAGGUCCUUGAGGAGGAAGAAGACGUUGGCCAACGCAGCGAAUAUUACGAUACGGACGAGGAGGACGACGACGUUCUUACCCGGGAUCAAGACGGAAACGUCAACUCCCAGCUAGCUGUGGGGUAUAAACACGAUCGAUCGUAUGUUGUUCGGGGAUCCAAAAUUGGCGUCUUCAAGCAUACGCCAAACAAUAAUCUGGAGUUUUCUACAAACAUCUCCAAGGUCGAAACGCCAGGUGGAAAGCUCUUCAGCCCCAAGAAAGUCAUGCUUCAUUGCGAGGAUUCAAACAUGAUUUUGCAGAAUGAACAGGAUCCUCAUUCCUUGUACAGAAUGGAUCUUGAGUACGGGAAAGUUGUUGAUGAAUGGAAAGUUCACGAUGACAUUCCCGUAACUUCAUUUGCGCCUGAAAGCAAAUUCGCCCAAAUGACCUCCAACCAGCAAUUCGUUGGUAUUUCUCGCAAUGCCCUAUUCCGCAUCGACCCUCGCCUCUCAGGAAACAAACUAGUGCAAAAGGACCUCAAAGAAUAUGUCAAAAAUAACGACUUCUCUGCCGCUGCGACCACAGAGCAGGGCUAUGUCGCAGUCGCCUCCAAUAAAGGUGACAUCCGCAUGUUCGAUAAGUUUGGCGUGCGGGCGAAGACGCACAUCCCUGCUCUUGGUGAACCAAUAAUCGGUCUAGAUGUUUCCGCCGACGGCCGCUGGGUCCUAGCUACAUGCCGCACAUACCUCCUUUUGGUCGAUUCUCUUCAAAAGGAUGGCAAAAAUGAGGGCAAACUCGGCUUCGAGAAAUCAUUUGCAAAGGACUCCAAGCCCCAACCACGCCGACUAGGCCUGCAGCCGAACCACGUCGCUCAGUUCCAACACGAGACCGGCACUCGCAUCUCCUUCACGCCCGCCCGCUUCAAUACCGGCCGCGACUCCUCAGAGACGUCAAUCAUUACAGCCACGGGGCCGUUCAUCGUCACGUGGAAUAUGAAGAAGGUGCUUCAGGGCCGCAAGGACCCCUACACGAUUAAGAGAUAUGCAGAGGAAGUGAAGGCGGAUAACUUCAAGUAUGGCAGUGAUAAGAAUGUUAUUGUUGCGCUGCCGAAUGAGGUCAAUAUGGUUGCGAAGCAGACGUUUAGGAGGCCGACGAGAGAGAGUAUUGCGGGUCCUGUCCGACAUAGCACUGGGCGGAGAAGUAGUGCGCGCCUUGGGAGGAAUGAGGUAGUAAAUAGUCCUUAUUAA